AUGAGUGAACAAUCGAAACAAUUAGAUGUAUUUAGUGAUAGUUAUAAUUUAACUAGGCAUAAUGGUUCAGAUAAAGAUAGAAGAAGUUUCGAGGACGAUACCUCGAUAGGUAGAACCUUCGGGCGUCCAUUCAAGAGAAUGAUCCAGGCGUUUAUUCCCCUGGCUUUUCAAAUGGGAGCCGCGUCCACUUGGGCUGUGGUUGCAGCGUUGGUGGGGGUCAAGACCCUGGCCCUAACUCUGCUUAUACUGAAACUGUUGCUGAUCGCUGGCGCUGCUAAGAUUGGCGCCCUUUUCGGGGCUGCAAAGGGACACCACAGUGGUUGGGAACCUCCACAUCAAAAGGAGAUACAUUUGCAUAUACACAACGGUCACCACGCGGAAGAACACGUUCCUAUAUCUGCUUGGAGCCGAGAUGGGCAAAGUUCAGCUGACACAAAACACGUUAACGUGGUAUACGAAACCUACGGUGGCCCUCAGACUAUAAGCACACCCUAUGGACACUAUAUGAAAAUCGAUCCCGCUAAUCCGCCCCAAUAG